AAUUUCUAAGAAAAUCUAUUUUUUGAGUGUUAUUAGAUAUCACUGGUAUAUCUUUGUGAUUAAUUCAUCUGACGCGACUGCAUUACCUAAUACGUACUAGCAGCGAUAGUAGAAAUGUAAUUUGUUGUUUGUCGUUCAUUGCCAUUAGUCUGACGAAAUUGGUACCGAAACAACGCAUGUACAUAUAUGUACGCUUCUUUGGUUUCUUUAGCUAUCGUUCCAAAUACCACAGCUUAGGGACAUACAUGUGUCUGAUUCCACAGUUAUUGUUUGUGGUAAAAGAAACAAUUAAAAAUUUAUUACUAAAUGACUAGGCAGGAAACAGCUCAGAUGUCACUCGAUGAUGACUUUGACAGACCGUUUGAAGAUGUUGAGCCUUUACAAUGGGGAGCAUUACGGGAACUAUGUCAUGCCAAUUCAGAAUAUUUUGUGUCGCAUCAAGAUGAGAACAGUAUUAGAAUUAGAGCUGCGCUUAUGGCUAUAUUAGAUCAUUUGGUACAGUUACAACCAUUAUACAAAGAAAUUAGUAGAAUCGCACCAAUGUUUGAUCUUGAUGCGGAAACACCUGGUAAUGGAUAUAGAAGUUUUCUAGUGCUAAUAGACAAAUGUAUUAUUCACUCUCGUUCUGUCUGUCAUCAAAUAUAUUGCCAGAAGGACUCUUUAUUUUUUCGUAAAAGUUACUAUAUGAGAGAAAUCGAGGCUUGCUCACAGCUAUUGGCAUCUUUGUGCACUUGCUUAGAACAUUUACAAACUCUUUAUUCUUGGAGUGAACAUUUAAAUGAUGGAAAACCAUCUCUCUUUAUAGGAGAUAGUCAUAAUCCACAUGAAAUUUUAAGUAAAGUAGAUAGUAUUAAUCAGUAUUGUUUUUAUGGCAGGUGCUUAGGAUUCCAGUUUUAUGACAAUUUAAAGCCUAUAUUAAAAACUAUAAUGGUUUGUAUGGCAACAUUCAGCGAAGCUUUUUAUUCUAAUGGUACAUUAUUAGCAAGAUGUGCUAAUUCUGUCAAGUACAUGUUAGAUCCUGAAAUAAGGGCACGCCGUAUUGUUGAUGUGUCUCAACGUGCUGAUAUCUCAUUUUGUCAAGCUUUUUGGUUUCUCAAUGAGGCUGAUCUUACACGCAGGUUGCCUGCUAUAACAGCUCCUUCUUUGGCAAUAAAUCAAAUAAUUUCUAUACCACCCGAAGAAUUGACACUUCCUACAUUAAGUGGAUCAACCGUCUCAAUUCCAAUACCAAACAGUCAUAUUGGAAAAAAGCCAAUACACGUUAGACUGUUUAGUUCUAAACGUCGUUUAGGAAUGGUUGGUUCAGGUGGAGUAGGGGGAGAACUGCAUGGACUAUCCAACGAAUUAAUAAUUCAUUGUCAUGGUGGAGGUUUUGUAGCACAGACUUCGCUGUCUCAUGAAACAUAUUUACGUAAUUGGGCAAUAAAUCUCGGUAUACCUAUUUUAAGUAUAGAUUACAGUUUAGCACCUGAAGCUCCAUUCCCUCGUGCACUCGAAGAAGUGCUAUAUGCAUAUGCAUGGGCAUUAAAUCAUGCAAGUACAUUGCUUGGGAGUACAGCUCAAAAAAUACUUUUUGCUGGUGAUUCUGCUGGGGCCAAUUUAAAUUUGGGAGUUACCUUAAAAUGUUUACAGUUAAAUAUCAGAAAACCUGAUGGAAUAUUUAUGGCAUACACACCAGUACUUGUUGACUUUGUACUAUCACCUUCACGAUUACUUUGCCUUACAGACCCAUUAUUACCUAUGGGAUUUCUUCUACGUUGCUUAAAAGCUUAUGCAGCUGACUGUUUUAAGUCAGAAUCAGAAUCUUUUGCUGAAGUGAGUGAAAGCGAUCUAAUAGCGCUAGCUCUUAGUCCCAAUGGAGAUGAAACAAAUGAUGAAGAUUGGGUUGGACCAUUACCUUCAGAAGCUGUAUCUCGAAAGAAACAGAAAGUUCUCGAAUACGAACAAGUAUACAUAGACAAUUUACCAUGUUGUGAAUGUUACGAAAAAUCUUAUAUGCACAGAGAUGUAAUCACCCACAUUGUGGUAACAAAAUCAAAUUUUGUAAUAACAGGUAGUUUCGAUGGACAUGUUAAAUUUUGGAAAAAACAAGAGGAGUUAGUAGAAUUUGUAAAGCAUUUUCGCGCACAUAUGAUGGCUAUACAGUCUAUGGCUGCUAGCUGUAAUGGUAUUCACGCAUGUACUGUAAGCUUAGAUAAAACAAUAAAGAUAUUUGAUGUUAUAAAUUUUGACAUGAUUAAUAUGAUAAAGCUGCAUUUUAUUCCACUUUGCUGUGAAUGGAUAUAUUCUCCUGGUGAUGCAAUAUCUGCUGUAGCAGUUUCAGCUCAGGAAUCAAAUAAAAUUUAUAUUUUUGAUGGACAAGGGACCAAUACGCCAUUACAUAUUUUUAAGAAAUUACAUAUCGAACCUGUGGUUGUAAUGAAAUACAAUUCUGCAUUUGAAACAUGCAUCUCUGCAGACAAAGCCGGUAUUGUGGAAUACUGGACAGGACCUAAAAUGGAGUACAGGUAUCCCAAGUGCGUUACGUUUAAAACCAAGUUGGAUACAGAUUUGUUUGAGUUUGCAAAAAAUAAAACUUAUCCAUGUGGGUUAGCAGUAUCACCAGAUGGUAAAAAAUUUGCUUCUCUCAGUGGAGAUAGAAAAGUUAGGGUUUUUAACUUUCGUACUGGGAAAUUGUAUAGAAUAUUUGAUGAAACGUUACAAAGGUUUUCUGAAUUGCAACAAAUGACACAGCAGUUACCAAAUAUGGAAUUUGGACGAAGAAUGGCGGUAGAAAGAGAACUGGAUAAAACAGAAACGAACUUAGGAAAUAUUGUUUUUGAUGAGUCAGGUUAUAUAAUUUUAUAUAGCACAAUGUUAGGUGUAAAAGUUGUAAAUUUGUACACAAAUCGAUGUAUUAGGAUUAUGGGGAAACCUGAAAAUAUUCGUCCUAUGCAAUUAGCUUUAUUCCAGGGGAAAGCCAGGAAGACUACAGCAGCUGUGACUGUAGAAAUGGAGGCUGCAGAAAAUCCAACAAUGGAAAUGAAUCGUCCUGAUCCAACACUCUUUUGUACAGCUUAUAAAAAAAAUAGGUUUUAUAUGUUUACAAGGAGAGAACCAGAGGAUACCAAAAGUCAAGAAUGUGAUAGGGAUGUCUUCAAUGAAAGACCAUCGAAAGAAGAUAUUAUUUCCUCUACAGAAGCUACCAAUGUACAAAAGAUCUAUGAUACAGCGAUUAUCCAUACAGCUCUUGGAGAUAUUCACUUGAAUCUUUUUGGAAAAGAUGUUCCGAGAACAGUGGAAAAUUUCUGUGUUCAUUCGAAAAAUGGUUAUUACAAUGGACAUAUAUUCCAUAGAGUAAUUAAGGGAUUUAUGAUUCAAACUGGUGAUCCUACUGGAACUGGUACUGGUGGAGAAAGUAUAUGGGGAGGAGAGUUUGAAGACGAAUUUAGGCCACAUUUAAAACAUGACAGACCGUAUACUUUAAGUAUGGCUAAUGCUGGACCGAACACAAACGGCAGCCAAUUUUUCAUUACUUUGACGCCAACUCCUUGGUUGGAUAAUAAACACAGCGUAUUCGGUAGAGUGGUAAAAGGAAUGGAAGUUGUACAAAAUAUUAGUCAAGUAAAAACAAAUCCGAAAACUGAUAAACCUUAUGAUGAUAUUCGAAUAGUUAGCGUUACUGUGAAAUAAUGUCUCUAAUUUCAAUAUAUAAAAUAAUUAUAUUGAAUUUA